AUUUAUCGCUAUAUAUACCCGUAUAACAGAAAAAAUGCAAGCGAUUAAUAAAAAUGUAAGUAUUUCAAUAACCUAGAGAGGAGUGAAUAGCAAUGUUAUGUCCACUGAUAUAUUUAAUUAGUCGUAGAUCAAAAAAAAAAUUUAGUAACUUAACGCCCCGCGUUCAGUAUUGCCAGCCAGACCAGAAAAACCACAAGUAAGGUGCUCAAAGUCAAGAAUUACUAUUUCAACAGUAUUUAACUUAUACUUUUUAAACUAUAAUGAAGUAUAAUUUGCCUUCGCUUCGCGUGCCUAUUAGUGUAUGUUGCCAGUCAUAAAGCAAACUCUGAGAGCUUAACCCAUCUAAUUACGAUUUUGUCUAUCUCAACCAGAUGAAUAGUUUCCCCGUUGGAGGUAAGUACGUAGACCCACACACAACAUGCUCUCUCUAGAAUUGUCAAUCCGAUAGUCGCAACUGCAAUAAUAUACGAAGCAGCUUCGAUGUUCUUGGCUAACUAAUCCAAAUGCCAAAUUUUUAUCGGAGAAUGUUUGUCUUCCUUCCACUUCUCCAAAACCCGCUUCUUUUUGUCGACCUCAUAUUUUCAAAACAUCUUCGUCAUCAUUUGCUGAUUACAACUGAAAUAGUUCUACAGAAUCGAUCAUAAGAUCCCGAAGGCAGCAUUUCCCGCACGCCGUGUGCGUUAGCUGCCUCUCACUGGUACGUUAUUACUGUUGUCAUAGAAACAAAGUUAAAAACAUAAAUGUGAGAGAGUAAGUUGCGUGUUGACGGAAGAAGGGCGAUGGGUCGAUAUAAAACUGUGUCAGGGGUAAACUACGAGUCUGGAGCAGCAAGCCGGCCCUAAUUAGAGAUUUGUGGAACGGCGCGGUAUGGCCUACAGUUUGCCUAGUUCAGUAGGCCACUAGGUCUCUCCAUACGCUCGUGCGUGGGUCAUCGACCUAGCCACAUCCAUUUUGACCGUCGCCGAGAUUAAAAUUGGGAAGAAAUGAUGUAAAGCAUUUCAGAGAAAUCUUCUUUAAACCUUUAUUUUCUUAAAGGAAGCGGUAGAUGAGGCACGCUUGAUGUGCGUAUAUGUUCUAUAUUGUUUUACGCCGAAACGUUGACAACUUACUAGGUCGGACUGUUAGGAAUAUGUCCGAAAACCCUUGCGAAAGCAGUUUAUGUGUGCAGUGUUCGUGAACAUCUAGCUUAUAGUGAAUCAGUUUAGGUUAGCCGGGUAAUAAUAGAGACAAAAACAGCAAGAUGAACAACGCUGUGCUGGAACUUUAUUCAAAGGAAAUAGUCGAAAUCGACAAAAAGAUCGAGAAAUGUUUAUCGGAUAUUGAGAUCAUCCUUAAAGAAGAUCUCACGUCAGAAGGAGCUAAAGGCGACUUUCUUCAAUGGAGGUUGCAGUACGACGCCGCACUCAUCGAGAUUGAAUCGGCAGACCUUGUUUCAGCGUUACGUUUGGUGUUGGAAGAUUUUCACAUUCGAAGUGACCGCAUCGAAUCUAUUGAAAGAGUCCUUUUACCGUUGAUAGGGUAUGUAAAAAGCGUUUUGUGUGUGUCACCAUUAAACUCUUACCCGGCGUCAUGUCCCUUCUGUGCCGACUACCAAACGCCCGCGCCAACGGACCAAGAAUCGCUGCGGUUGCUUUCUGCCAUUGGUCAACAUUUAGAGAUGGAACUCUUACGUACUUGUGUACCCGUAGCAUCAAAAUGCGAUGUCGUUUUAGACGAACAGUGCGUCUAUUUUAACUAUCGACAGAAACUUGCGCUUCUUAAAAGCCUAUACGAUGCGGACUAUGUCAACGAGCUGCAUUGGCGGCUCCGUGAGAAGCAGCUGGCGAACUUUCAGUGCACCUGCUGUGGAGAACAAUGUCUUUUCUGCUUUCUUGAAGAGUGUGCGAAGUAUCUAGCGCUUGACAUGGCCCUAAUAGAUUCGGGGCUGUUUCAGCCGCUGCAAGUUUGCGAUAAGCAACUGCACAGCAUUUACCACAAGUGUAUUUUAGAUUUUAUCGAGAUCAUUCUGGACGAUAAACUCGACGAUGAUCAGCUGUUGUCUACCCGACACACAUUUCGGUGCUCUCUUAGAGAGAGAGAACUGGGUAUCGGCUCGUUGCCCCAGUUGGCAGAUGAAGGUAUUACCCAGAUUCUUCAGGACAUGAACUGGUUUGACAAUCGAGUCAAGUUUUACCUUGCAAAAUACGCCUACGGGGAUACUCAUAUAAGCGUUGACACUAGCUGGGUAUCGCAGUCGGUGCGUAGCUUAGUUUCGUCCCUCGAAACUCUCGUGCCUGGAGUCACAUCCGCAUGGCAACACUGGUCCGUUCCGAUGGCCGACGAGGAGCGCUUCAAGAGCGUUCCUUGCGCCAUGGACGGUUCUGAAAGAAUAGUUCAAAUCUUUGGCCUUGCAUGGGAUUUUGUUCUACGAUUACGCCGUUUUGCAGCCAUUGUGAGCAGUCGAAAUAAUAGCAAAUCUCUUUUGGUGUCACUCAACCAUUUUCUACAUUCGGGCGUCGAUAUAGUGACAGCCACUUGCAGCUCGAUAGCCAAAAGGGCAAUUAUUAACAAUAAGACCUUCAUCGCAUAUAAUAGUGUCGCAUACGUGCGAAUUCAGCUUGAGGCAUUUCAGCAGACAAACAGUGACGUCGCUGACCUUCCAUCUGGUGUCAUGUCAAAACUAUCAACGGUUGAGGACUCUCUCGAAUAUCAUAUUGUCUGCCAUCACGUUAAAUGGGCUUCGAGUUCAGCCAGGCACAGCCUCUAUGACUUCAGCUCAAUACAGAAGCCAGAUAUGGAUGGAUUUACACUGGCUCCAGCCUCGCUUCACAUUUAUAUGGAAAACCUCUGCGCGAGACUAUCGCGUGUGCUUUGCCAAAUUGGCUGCCAAAAGGUUGUGUCACGAGUAUGGAGUGAGCUGUGCACAAUGCUCUGCGCAACCUAUGCGCAAGCUAAGCCAAGCGAACAACAGGUGGCGCUGUUGUCCCGCGAUAUCGACGUCGUCCUUGCUACAAGCUUCAAUGUUUUACUGUUUGCCUGCGAAGACGUGCAACAUGUGCUCGGAGCACUUGACGAGGGAGGGGAUCCACGAAAGUUGCGGCAUGUAAAAAACAUUCACGCAAGCUGCGUUCUCUUAUUGAGCACAAAGUAUCUCACGGACUCCCCUGUGGACGCGCUCUACCAGACCUUCAAGGGCGGUUUACUGCCCGAUGCUCGAGCUCCUCUUCCUGGCACCGUGUGGGUGUCGCACCUCUUUCAGAAUUCAAUCAAUGGAGCUGGAUUUCGCCUAGACUCUGCGCCGAACAUUCUCGUUUGGAUUCUUCUCGAGAUGAUGCGCGUACAGAAAAACCACACGUUUGUACUUUGCGUAAAGGCAAUGCGCGCAUUCAACCAUAUGUUGUCCAUUCUGCUGGUGCGUCAGGGCUGUGCUGUGGGCGCCCUCAAUGAAGACGAGCAAAUGCGUCUCAUGGAUGCCGCGUUAUCUUUGGGAACAUCGAGACCACCUUGUGAAUCAUCCCACAGUUUCGUUGGAGAUAUGAUCAUUCCCAUUAUUGAAAAGACGAAUUCGUGGAAAGCGCUUGGCUCGGAUUGCCUGAACGCAAACCGUCCUUGGUGGUACAAAGUACUUCAAGGGAGACUUAAGCCGUUUGUAAGAGGGGUUGUCUUAAGUGUAACUGACUUAGCUACUGCAAGGAUCCGCCGAGAAGCCGCAUCCGAUUCUGGAGCAGAACUCAGUUCGGCCAGCUGGAAAUCGACUUGUGAAAGACUUUUGGGCUUUGUCGGCGAACGUCUUGAUGAGGCAGCCCAGAGUCGAAAGGAGGUGGAACGCUUAGUCGAGCACAUAGUCGACCAUCUUGGGUUGGUUUCCCGAGACAUUCUCAUAUGCUUCACCGCAAUGGAUGAUCAACAAGCCGGAAAUGUUACACCACUUCUGGACUCUAUCGGCCUGCAGUUUCUGCUUAACACUGUUUGUGACCUAAUGAAAGACGAAAAGUUUUUACAAGGGGUAUAUGGAUUAUCGAACGAAACAAUAAAUGAAAACUGUCGAAGGCUUUGCGAACGCCUCCAGGAAGAAGUGUUCGGAGAAGGCCGAGAACGGGAAAUAAGCGCAGCAAUUCACCAGAGACUUCUUGUCAUCAAAGGAAUUAUCGACAGUGCUAGAGAGCUGUGUCCGUUUAUGGCAGGCGACGCCCUGCAGGGUGAUGCGUACGUCGCUUCACUGGAACUUCCGCUAUCGACAUUUGACCACCAGAUCGCUGGUCAGUUGACAGCUGAUGAAGAUGUUGUUCAACUCGAAACGAUUCGCGAUAUCCUUCGGGCUAAUGAUGAAUGGUUUCGUAAGAGUCUUGGCGUUGACGAUUCCUUGGUAACGUUUGGGCAGCCCGGCAUGACUGGUGGUCGGGACGUUACUCUUAGGGCGCGUCCGGAUCCUACUAGCCGAUCAGGUGAAAUUGAGUCAGGACCCUUGCGUGCGUACGUUGCAUGGAGAACAGGCUGCUCGGAAAGAUUCGAUUCUGUAAAAGGAUUCAAUCCACAAAUCAGCAACGUUGCGGACGUUUUGUCCGAAUUCAACUUUGCCGCUCUCCUCAAACAGCAUCCCCAAAUCUCCUCAAAGGAACAACAAGAUGUAAAGGAAGUCCAGUUGUUACGCAGUCUCUUUCAGCUCGAUAGGAUACCUGAUGAAGAGCACUGGCAAAAAUCCACAAACAUUUAGGCAACAUUUGAGGAGAUAAAAAGCUGUACUUAUCACAACGUUGUAUUUUGAAUAAAUUUACGAGUGUAGCAGUUUAACAUUUCUUUUUUGCUCUAGUUUUACAAAGGUCUUUCAAAUGAUUUCUUUUGUUAGCAAUUUCCAGGAAGUAUAACAGAAACUGUAAUAAUCAAUUACUGGGAUUUUGCAUAUUUUGAUACCAAAACGGAUACUAAAAGUCGAAUUUUAAAAAGCUUCAUUGGUAAAUAUAUACGCAUUUUAUAUGCACGUUUAGACGUGAGCACCAUAAUGGCAGCUAGGACCGCUUCGAGGAUUUUUAAGGUUUUUUUUUAUGUGCCACUUGUAUAUGAGCAUGAUGGUAGAUG